UUUGACAACCUUGAAAAACACACCCAGUGGGGAAUUGAUAUUCUUGAGAAAUACAUUAAAUUUGUAAAGGAAAGGACAGAGAUUGAACUCAGCUAUGCAAAGCAACUCAGGAAUCUCUCCAAGAAGUACCAACCGAAGAAGAACUCGAAGGAGGAGGAGGAAUACAAGUAUUAUACGUCAUGUAAAGCGUUCUUUUCCACCCUGAAUGAGAUGAAUGACUACGCAGGGCAGCAUGAACUAAUCUCCGAGAACAUGACCUCCCAGAUCACUGUGGAGUUGGCACACUACGUCCAGGAACUGAAGCAAGAGAGGAAAUCGCAUUUCCGUGAUGGACGCAAGGCACAGCAGCACAUAGAAACUUGCUGGAAGCAACUUGAAUCAAGUAAAAGGCGAUUUGAGCGAGAUUGCAAAGAGGCUGACCGAGCACAACAGUCUUUUGAGAAAAUGGAUGCUGACAUAAACGUGACAAAAGCUGAUGUGGAAAAGGCACGACAGCAAGCUCAAAUACGUCACCAAAUGGCAGAAGACAGCAAAGCGGAUUACUCUGCAGUCCUCCAGAGGUUCAACCAUGAGCAACAUGAAUAUUACCAUACACACAUACCCAUCAUCUUUCAGAAGAUACAAGAGAUGGAGGAAAGGAGGACAGUGAGAAUUGGAGAAUUCAUGAAGACAUAUGCAGAAGUUGAUCGGCAGGUGAUACCAAUUAUAGGCAAAUGCUUGGAUGAAAUAGUCAAGGCAGCGGAAUCAAUUGAUCAGAAAAAUGAUUCACAGCUGGUGAUCGAAGCUUAUAAGUCAGGGUUUGAGCCUCCUGGAGACAUCGAAUUUGAGGAUUACACUCAGCCAAUGAAGUGCACCGUGUCGGGUAACAGCCUGUCCAAUUCCAGAGGAGAAGGCAAAUCGGAGCUCAAAUCUGGUGGAAAAUCUAAAGGAAAGUUAUGGCCAUUCAUCAAAAAAAAUAAGCUUAUGUCCCUUUUAACAUCCCCACAUCAACCUCCCCCUCCUCCCCCUGCCUUUGCCUCACCCCCUGCUGUUCCCAACGGCCCCCAGUCUCCCAAGCAGCAAAAGGAAACCCUCUCCCAUCGCUUCAACGAGUUCAUGACCUCCAAACCCAAAAUCCACUGCUUCAGAAGCCUAAAGCGUGGGGGUGCAACACCAGAGGAUUUCAGCAACCUGCCACCUGAACAGAGGAGGGAAAAGCUGCAACAGAAGGUCGAUGAAUUAAAUAAAGAAAUACAAAAGGAGAUGGAUCAAAGAGAUGCCAUAACAAAAAUGAAAGAUGUCUACCUGAAGAAUCCUCAAAUGGGAGACCCAGCCAGUUUAGAUCACAAAUUGACAGAAGUUGGCCAAAAUAUAGAAAAAUUACGACUUGAGGUCCAGAAGUUUGAGGCCUGGUUGGCUGAGGUGGAAGGCAGGCUCACAGCACGAGGGGACCAGGCCCGCCGACAGAGUGGAAUGUACGAUGCCCAGAACCCCCCGUCAGUUAACAGCUGUCCCCAGGACCGGGAGAGCCCAGAUGGCAGUUACACAGAGGAACAGAGUCAGGAGAGUGAGAUGAAGGUACUGGCCACUGAUUUCGACGACGAAUUUGACGACGAGGAGCCGCUUCCCGCCAUCGGGACUUGUAAAGUUCUCUACACAUUUGAAGGUCAGAAUGAAGGAACCAUUUCGGUAGCUGAAGGCGAAACACUGUUUGUCAUAGAGGAAGACAAAGGCGACGGGUGGACCCGCAUCCGGAGGAACGAAGAUGAAGAGGGUUACGUUCCCACUUCAUACGUCGAAGUCUAUUUGGACAAAAAUGCCAAAGGUGCUAAGACUUAUAUUUAA